GCGAGGCUGCCAGGCAUCUCCUGAGAUCCGCUUCUUCACGCGUCUCCUGCUCAACGGACAAAACACGGAGGCACUGUGUUUGAAUAUGGAGGCUCCCGGCUCGUGUUUUCUCUUAUCUCUGCUCCUCAUCACACUGUCUCAAAUAUCAGAUGGCUCUGCGACCCCAUCAGCAAAUGUCAAGUGGAGUCUAAUCCAGUCCUCAUCCUCCAUCACCGACGCCAUGCAAGAUCCUGAGAUGGGACUUCCUCAUGGCAACCACAGAAGAAGGCAUGGGUCACGUGAAGACAGGGAUAGUGCUGGGUUGCUCUCCCGGAGGCCUGUGUCCUGGCCGGAGGAUGACGGGCAGAGUAUAGAGGGUCUGAGCCCUGUAAGGCUGGAGAUGGGGCCUGGGGACCGGGUGAGGGCAGGGGUUCCUGCUCAAAUGCAGCGGGGAAAUCCUCCAACAGAGGGAGAGUUCACACGUAAAGGCAGGGGACAUGGUCACGGGCAUCUGGAUGAACACAGGAAGCAGGGAGGCAGAAGAGAAAAAGGCAGAGCUAAAGGGGUUCUCUAUGACCCUGAAUCACAAUUAGGCUCCUUGUUAAAGGACAUCAAGACAUUUGAGGAUGAUUCCUACACCUCCCUGCCCAAUCAUAACAAUGCCCAACCCACUGAUGUUCCCUCCUCUGUCUCACCCAUUUUAGCAACCACAGCAGUCAACGAGCAUCCCCCAACACUGGCCCCAGCUUCAACUAAACCCCAGAAAUCAGGCAGAGGGAAAGCCCAUGGGGAGGUUUUGCCCACCCUGGACAUGGCACUCUUCGACUGGACCGAUUAUGAAGAUAUGAAGCCUGUUGACUCUUGGCCAUCCAGCAAAAGAAAAGAUAAACGUCGCAGCAAAAACAAGAGCAAUGGGAACUCAACACUCGAUGCUGAUGUCAUCGAACCAUGUGACCAUCAUCUCGACUGCCUCGCUGGUUCCUGCUGUGACCUUAGAGAACAUGAGUGCAAACCUCACAACCGUGGCUUGAACAACAAGUGUUACGAUGACUGCAUGUGUGAGGAGGGUUUGCGCUGUUACGCCAAGUUCCAUCGCAAGCGAAGGGUGACCCGAAGACGCGGGCGCUGUGUGCAACCAGAAAGAGCAAACAGUGACCAAGGAGCCUUCAUCACCAUCUGAUAUAUCCUAUAUAGAGAUAAAAAAAGAAACAGAGAAUGACUGAUGACAAAGAAAAUAAUAAGACAAAACAACCACAUUCCUAUUUUCCCAUGGACUGCAAUAUGAACUGAGCCUAUCCUGAACAAGAGAUCAGGUCAAAGAUAAAAGCACAUCAAAGUUUGCUGGCACUCAAUUCACACUAUAAAUAUACAUAUGCUGUUUUGU